UCAACGGACUCCUGAAUAUAACAAACCCUAUACCUUAACAGUCGAUGUGAAGAGGGAGAUUCCUCCUGAUGCCCAAAGACACAGGAGAGCCUGAAAGGGACCCUCGUGCACCCAGGCCCACUGGGGCAGCCAGAAGGGUUCCUGCAGGAGUUGAGAUGAUAAAUAGUAAAGUGGGGAGUGAAUCCUCUCAUUUGUGUGAUGAUUCUCAGAAACAAGAGAAGGACAUGAAUGGUAACCACCAAGAGCAAGAAAAAAGUGUUGCUGUGAGGAAAAAACGCAAAAGCCAGCAGGCUGGCCCUUCAUACAUGCAGAAUUGUGUUAAAGAGAACCAGGGAAUAUCGGGAUUCAGGCAACACCUAGAAACACCAAGUGACGAAGAUAAUGAUUCCUCUUUCAGUGAUUGUCUUUCUUCUCCUUCAUCUAGUCUGCAUUUUGGGGAUUCUGAUACUGUGACUUCAGAUGAGGAUAAAGAAGUCACUGUAAGACAUUCCCAGGGAAUACUGAAUGCUCAAAGUAGAACUCACAGUGCGCCAUCACAAAAGUGGCCUUGCACCGAGACCAAAUCAGUUUCAGGAUUGUUAAUGAAAAGACCCUGUUUUCAUGGCAGUUCGUUAAGGAAACUUCCCUGCAGAAAGAGGUUUGUAAAAAAGAAUUCCUCACAGAGGACACGGAAACAAAAAGAGAGGAUAUUAAUGCAGAGGAAGAAACGAGAAGUGCUACCUCAAAGAAAAUAUGCAUUGCUCCCUAGUUCUAGUAGUUCCAGUGAGAGUGAGCUCAGCAGGGAGUCCUCUCCCCGCCCACCACCUGCAGGAGAACAUGUGUUUGUUUCUGUCGCUGAAAACCACCAGGACAAUCCACCUUUUCCUUCAGGACCUAUCAAUGAAAUCGAGGAAGAUGUGGUGGUUUCAGAAGCUUCCUCCAUUCCCCGGGUCACUGCCUAUGCAGAAAUUGAUGUGACCUUGACUGACAGUAAAGUGGAGACUGUGAUAGUUGGAGAAAGUGAUCAGUAA